CACACACACCUUGAAGUGGGAGAGAGACAUAGACAGGGAAAGGAAGGAGGGAUAGACAGGAAUAAACACGCGAGAGAAGCGGAACACAUAGUCAAGGCUCACAGGGCAGGGGAGAGAGUCACUGAGGGAAAGAGAGAGCACCCAAUCCAAGGGAGUGACCGCGAACAACAACUUGCAUUUAUAUAACGCCCUUCACGCAGGGUAGUGUCUCUUAAGUGCUUACGUACCCUGGGAACAUGGUGCAGGGGGGCGAGGAGAAAGCUAUCGCCUCUCGCCCUGGCCCAGUCACGGCAGCCACCACCACAGCAGACUCGAAGGCUGAGCGAGUCGCAUUGAAUGGCAGGAAAAGGGAGGAGAUUCCAUCUGUGAAUGGCCAGGUCAUGAAGCCUGAUGGUGAGGAAGUAAUUCCUGAUCAGGAUCUACUGAACAUCAAAAUACAGGUGACGGGAAGUGAUGCGUUUGACUUGCAGGUGUCCCCCCAGGAACUGGUGCAAGAGAUUAUCCAGGUGCUGAUGGACAGAGAGGACACGUGUCAUCGCACCUGCUUCUCGCUGCAGCACAGGGGCAACAUCCUGGACAACUUCUCUGAGCUGAGCAGCGUGAAGGGGCUGGGGGACGGAUCGGUCCUCAAAGUGGUGGAAGAGCCUUACACUGCGCGAGAAGCUCGGAUUCACAUCCGCCAUAAGGAUCUGCUGAAGAGUCUGGAUCUGGCUGAUGCCUACAAUGGCAUGAACUGCAACUCCCUGUCCUUCCUCACUGAGGUCUCAGAGGGUGAUGCUGCAGGUGAAUCAAUUUCUGGGAACAAUGGAAAGAAGAAAAGACGUUCAGUUUCGGAUCAGAUAUUUGAUGCCGUUGACUGUUCCCCACCAGAGUAUAUCCUACCGGGAUCCAAGGAUCGGCUUCUGUCCCCUCUUCAGCCACCAGUCCUGGAUAACAAGUCUGUGCAGUGCCUGAAAGCUCUGAUGCUAAGUGGUUGGAACCCUCCCCCUGGGAACCGCCGGAUGCAUGGGGACCUGAUGUACUUGUACGUCAUCACCAUGGAGAAGCGGCAUGUCAGCUUGACCGCCUCCACUCGUGGCUUCUACAUCAACCAAUCCACGAUGGACGUGUUUAACCCGAAGCCGGCCAGCCCGAGCCUGCUGUGCCACUCGCUGGUGGAGCUGCUCAGCCAGAUCAGCCCCGCCUUCAAAAAGAACUUCACAGCUUUGCAGAAGAAAAGAGUGCAGUGCCACCCGCUGAAGCGGAUCGCCACCCCCUACCAGCUGUACAGCUGGACCACACCCCACUCCGAGCACACCAUCGACUGUGUGCGGGCAGAGGAUGCCUUCACCUCCCGGCUCGGCUAUGAGGAGCACAUUCCCGGCCAGACGCGGGACUGGAAUGAGGAGUUACAGACGACGCGAGAGUUGCCCCGUGAGGUUCUGACCCAGCGGCUGCAGAGGGAACGCGCCAUGUUUAAGGUGAACAGUGACUUUGUUGCUGCCGCCACGCGGGGAGCGAUGGCCAUCAUCGAUGGGAACGUCAUGGCCAUCAACCCGGGCGAGGAGGUCAAGAUGCAGAUGUUCAUCUGGAACAGCAUCUUCUUCAGUCUGGGCUUUGACGUGCGUGACCACUACAAGGACUUCGGCGGCGAUUGUGCCGCGUACGUAGCCUCGGGCCAUGAUCUGAAGGGGGUGCGAGCGUUCAGCUUGGAGGACACCUCGGGUCUGUACACGCUGGGCACCGUGGUGCUGGAUUACCGGGGAUACCGGGUCACGGCACAGUCCAUCAUCCCGGGAAUUCUGGAACGGGAGCAGGAGCAAAGUGUGGUGUAUGGAUCCGUAGACUUCGGGAAGACAGUGAUGUCCAACCAUCAGUACGUGGACUUGCUGUUGAAGAGCGCCAAGGCGCUGUGUGUCCAGAAACACCUGGUGCUGAACGAACACGACCAGCCCGUGCUCCUCUGCUCCUCGGUCGAGUGUAAAGGGAUUGUGGGAAACGACGGCCGCUUCUACAUCCUGGACUUGCUCCGCACUUUCCCGCCUGACCUGAACUUCCUGCCCGUGGAGGGCGAGGAGAUGCCGGAGGAGUGCCGGAGAUGGGGCUUCCCCAGGCAGUACCGACACAAGCUGUGCAGCUUCCGGCCGGAGCUGCUCGAGAGAUUCGUCCAACACAAAUACACACUUUUUACGAAACUGGUGAAGGAGAAAAUGAAGGAAAGUGAUUCGAUGCAGAACGGCCAGGAGGAGGGGGACAGCGAGACUGAUGAGAAAUGCAGUGCACUGAAGGCAGCGUGUCGUGCUGUGGGCUCCGUCAAUGACGUUGUCUUUGACAUUCGCUUCAACCCCAACAUGUAUUCCUCAGGUGUGAGAUUCCACGAGUUGGAGAACGAGGCGAUUGUGAUCCAGAAGCGUUUGCUCAGAGACGCUGCAGCCUUCCUGGUGGCAGAGCAGAUCCCCAGCUUCAUCACAGACUGCCUGAGGCACAAGGUUGUGCCGGCCGACGGAGUGACCAUGACGGACGCCUUACACCGGCGCGGGAUCAAUAUCCGAUACAUCGGCACCAUAGCGCAGCUGGUCAGUCAAUCAGAGGAGAGGCAACGACUGGAUCACAUUAUGAGGCUGCUGGUCAGUGAGGUCAUCACCCGGGCUGCCACUCACAUCCUCACCACCUACCUCCAGGGCGUGGAGAUGUCAGGGCUGUCAUCUGCGGUCAGUCGCUUCCUGAACUGUCUGCUCAGCUCCUACCCCAAUCCCGUCGCCCACUUGCCCCCCGAUGAACUUGUGUCUCGCAGGAAAAAGAGCAAGCGGAAGCUGCGGAGCCCUGGGGCGGUUGACACAGCUUGGAGCAGCCUGGCGCCCUGUGAGCUGUGGAGGCACAUAAACAGCGAGGCCAGUGAGUGCUUCAACUACACACUGGCAUGUGAUGGGAUCGAUCAGGCUGUUGAGCGGUUCGGAUUCCAGAAGGUGUCUCUUCUCCGGGAAUUCUGUAUUAAGGCUGGAAUCCAGAUUCUGCUGCGAGACUACAGCUUUGACAGCCGCCACAAGCCAACCUUCACAGAGGAAGACGUCCUUAACAUCUUCCCCGUGGCCAAGCACGUCAGCGUGAGGGCCACGGAUGGCGAGCGCAUUUAUCAGAGCGCAAAAGAGAAGGUGGAGAAAGGCAAUCUCACAGAAGGCUUUGAGCUGCUGACUGAAGCUUUGAAUCAGUUUAACAAUGUGUACGGAGCCAUGCACCCGGACAUGUGUGAUGCUCUACACCUACUCGCCCGGCUCCGCUACCUGAAGGGAGACGUUUCCGAGGCUGUGAACCACCAACAGAAAACUGUGAUCAUGAGCGAGCGAACCCGGGGCUUUGACCAUCCAAGGACCACCCAGGAAUACAUCAGCCUGGCUCUGUACUCCUUCGCCAACAGCCAGGUGUGUGUGGCUCUCAAGCUGCUGUACCGUGCUCGCUACCUGACGCUCACCGUGAGUGGAGAGGACCACCCUGCCAUGGCAGUGCUGGAUAGCAGCAUCGGGCUGGUACUGCAGGCUGUGCUGGAGUGUGAUCUCGCUCUUCGGUUCCUGCAGAAAGCUCUCGAGAUAAACCUCAAGUAUUUCGGGCUCCAGUCGCUGCAGACUGCGCUCAGCUACCACCUCCUGGCUCAGGUGUGCGCCAGCAAAGCCGAGUUCCGCACAGCUAUGCAGCACGAGAAGGAGACAUACACCAUCUACCGAGCCCAGCUCGGUGAGAGUCACCAGCAGACCAGAGUGAGCUCCGAGUUCCUGAAACACGUCACCCAGCAAGCAGUGAACCUACAGAGAACCAUGAAUGAGAUCUACCAGAAUGGUUCCGGCUCCAACACCAACACCAACCUCCCGCUGGUGCAGAUCACCCCCCCGAGUAUUGACACAAUGCUGGAGCAGCUAAACACCAUCAAUGGAGUUUCCAUCCUUCCCGUCAGUGAUCCUGAAGCAGAAAGAAAAUUCCAGUUGGAGAAAACGGCGCAGAGGAUAAAACAGCUGAUUCGGGCCGAGGCCGAGAUGACCCAGCGACUGAAGGCUGCGGGUGCUAGUGGGACGAGCAGCUCGACAAUGAUCACGCAGAUUGCAGCUCUGAGGGAGCUUGCUAAUGGCACCAAAGCCCUCACUGAAAACCAGCCUUCAGCUGGCGGAGAGACCGGGGACGUAGCCAGUAGUGAGAGUGUGACUGGGAGCGUGGCCGUGAAUGAGGCUAUGGCUGGAGGCGUGGCCAUGAGUGAGGGUGUGGUUGGGAGUGAGAGUGUGACUGGAGGCGUGGCUGUGAGUGAAGGUGUGGCUGUGAAUGAGGGUGUGGCUGGAGGUGUGGCCGUGAGUGAGAGUGUGGCUGUGAGUGAGGGUUUGGCUGUAGGCAUGGCCAUAAGUAAGAGUGUGGCUGUGAGUGAGGGUGUGGCUGGUGGUGUGGCCAUAAGUGAGGGUGUGGCUGGAGGUGUGGCUGUGAGUGAGGGUGUGGUUGGAGGUGUGGCCAUGGGUGAGGGUGUGGCUGGAGGUGUGGCUGUGUGUGAGGGUGUGGCUGGAGGCGUGGCCAUAAGUAAGGGUGUGGCUGUGAGUGAGGGUGUGGCUGGAGAUGUGGCCAUACGUGAGGGUGUGGCUGUGAGUGAGGGUGUGGCUGGAGAUGUGGCCAUACGUGAGGGUGUGGCUGGAGGUGUGGCAGUGAGUGAGGGUGUGGCUGUAGGUGUGGCUGAGAGCAAAGUUGAGUUGGGACAGAAUGCUCUGUAA